AACAAAUAAGAAGAUCAAAACCUCCUUCUAAACCUCAAAACAUAAAUCAGAAAAGUUAACACAAAUAAGAUCAAAACCUUCUUCUAAAACCUCAACAUAUGACUUCCAAAAAUAGAAACAAAGAGAAGAUUAAAAAUCUAUUUUUUAGGAGUGCUCACAAACAGGUGUGUACUCAUCACCAUAUUGAUCCCUCCCAUAAGGGUGGGCCACGGUUUUCACCAGAGGCUACGUUUUGUCUGUUAAAAAAGUCUGGAACAGACCCAACAUUUCCUUUUUACUCCCUAAAAUCACUAAAUGCAUUCAGCCUAGCAGGAGUGUUGGUGGAGUGACGUUGUAGGACCAUCAUGUAGGCUGGGAGGACACAGCCUGAAGGUUGCCCAGCCCUGAUUUUACACAGGAGUCUCUCUGAGGCUCUCUGCUUCUCUGCCCCUAACUUGCCCUUCCUCCCAGAAGCUUUUCUAACCACCAUCUAGCAGUGCUUCACAGCAAAACUGAGAAAUGCUGCCUGUGCUGGCUGAAGGUGCUAGCAAUGUAACCCGUCUCCUUGGAAGGUGUGUCUACAACAUAUUUUAACCAUGAGCCAGUGGCGGCAGGUUUCUUGUCAAAACUCUGCCACCUUCUCUCCUCUUUGCUGGCUUCUACUGUCAGUGUCCCAUCGACCUUCCAAAGGUUCCUCUGCAUGGCUUCUGUCCAAGAAAUGGGCAGAUAGUUCAUCAAAAGUGAACUCUGCCCAGAGAUCAGUAGUUGCCCCAUUGGUGACCUCCUCUGUUUCCAAAGGCAAGAGAUCCGGGUGUCUGUCACCACCCACCAGGCAGGAACUCUGAAUCGGCACCACAUCUUCCAGGGCUGCUCCUAGAAAGACUGCCUGCAAUGGAGGUGGGCACCCUCUUUUUUCACCCCUUCUGGUUCAUCUGUUCCUUAGCCCUCUUGGGGAUGCUCUGGGCAAGAAGAAGAAGACACACCUGGAGACCUGAAGCUUGUCCUGUAGACCUGAGUGGCAAAACAGCCAUUGUCACUGGAGCCAGCAGCGGGAUAGGCAAGGCCGUCGCUCUUGACCUGGCUCGCAGGAACGCCCGCACGAUCCUGGCCUGCCGCAGCCGGGAGAAAGGCCAGGCGGCAGCGGAGGAGAUCCGCAGGGCCACCGGGAACCCCCAGGUGCACCUCCGCCUGCUGGACGUCAGCUCCAUGGCUUCUGUCCGUGACUUUGCCGGGCAGUUCCUGGAGGAGGAGAAGCAGCUGCACAUCCUGGUGAACAACGCGGGAGUCACAGGCUUGCCAUUUGCAAUCACUGCUGAGGGCUUGGAGCUCACCUUUGCCACCAACGUCUCGGGUGCCUUCCUUCUCACCAACCUCCUGCUGGGCACCAUGAUCGCCUCUGCUCCAGCGCGCAUUGUGAACGUGUCUUCCUUCCGGCACUACUGCGCCAGAAGAGUGAAUGUCAAGUUCCUGACAGGGGAAGAACAGCCCAAGAAUUGCAGCCAGGCCUAUGACUCCACCAAGCUCAUGAACGUUAUCUUCACCACAGAGCUGGCCCGGAGGCUGCAAGGCACAGGGGUGUCUGCCAACGUGCUCAGCCCAGGAAUUGUCAAGACGGAGAUCAUGCGCCACUUCAGCUGGGGGGCUCGCCUGCUCUUCAAGCUUUGCAGCAUCUUCCUGAGGAAUGCCCGAGAGGGAGCCGUCAGCACCCUCUACUGUGCCGUUGCCAAAGAAGUGGACGGAAUUUCUGGCUGUCUGCAAGAUGGAUUAGGAAUCUGUUUCUUGGUACAUCAGCAAGAACCUCUCCCAUCUAAUUUCUUUGGCCUAGAGAUGAUGCCCCUCUCUCAGCUGCAGUACGAUCUGUGACAGGCGUGUCCAGUGAGGCCUUUGCAGCAUGCCAGAUUUUGCUAUGUCAGUCCUUGCUUAACCUACUGCCACAGUUCUACUGUAUGGUUACUCUAAAUAAUGAAGUUUAAAUGCUGAAUUAUGCGUAUUGUUAAUGAAAUAGAAUAGCCAAGUUUGUUUUGCACUCUAAUCUGUAGUGAGGGUCUAUGAUCUGAAUGGAGAAUCUGCUUACCUGACAGCCCCCCCCCCUCCCUGAGUGCGGGUCAAUAAACCUAACAAGGGACUUGGCAACCAGCAGGACUUGUGGUUCUUGACCGGGCAUGUGACAGCCAUCUGUGCCUUCAGGAUAUGCCUUUGCAGCACCCCAAGGAUGCCUUGGAGUUGUAGGAGGUCAGAGAAUCCUCAGAACUGGACAUCUGAAGGCCCAGGAGCAGCAGACCGUUCCGGGAAAAGGUCGUGCAGGAGGGUCAGGAGCUCU